UUAACUUAAAGAGAUUAACUUUUUACAUUUUACAAAAUUUACAACGGUCAACGAUAUUUGAUAACUUCAAAUUUGAUAYAUUUAUUUAAAAAUUAUUCUAAAUUGUGUGUUUUUUUUUUAUUUGUAUCUUGUUACUUGUUAUUGUUACUGUUAAGUGUCAAUUUAUCAAUGUUCUAUAUCGAGUUUUGUUGAAGUAUAUAAUAUAUUAAUGUUUUAGCAGAUGUCGACAACCUGUUUUUAGUUUAAUCAUGGCAAUUUGCGAGGAAGUUGAAUAUAUGGACGUGUCGUUAAAUUCGGAAAAAAAUGAAACAACAUCCUUUGGAAAAAAGUUUCAUGUCAAUCGCACUCCAACUCCUUUAAAACCUUCACGUCACUGGUGCAUGUCUACAGAACUCUUGCGUUCACAGUACAAGACUAACAACAUCCACAAAACAAAAGUGUAUAAUCCUUUUAAUGACAACUUAAUGCAACGAUUGGGUGAGACAACAAUUAGUCCUACGGUAUUCGCUAAUGUAAAAAGUCCUGGGCAAGAAGUAGAGUUUGGAUGGAAUAUUGAUGAUGUCUCUAAACUUUACCCAGUGCACAUAGAAGAUGAAUGUGUAGUCGAUGACGAUCAAGUUGAUGAUGAAACAGAAUCCAAGUUACAAGAGACUAUUGACAAGUAUUUUUAUACAACACAUAAAGUUCCUAGCCCUUGGAAUAAUCAAGUUAUUGAUUGGGAAGCUAAUAAAAAUUCAUCUUCUACACCCAUAUCAAACAUAUCAAAUUUACAAAACCAGAAAUCUGUAUCAAAUACCUGUGAAGUUUCAACACAAACAAAUCUAAGUUUUCCUUCGAUAUUACCUGAUCAUGUUGAAGAAAUACUAAAACCUUACUUUUUGAAUUCAACUCAAAAUUGUGAAGAAGAAAUAAGUCCUACAAAAGAUAACUCUAAUUUACGUCGCAAACUAUUUUUUAUGAAUGAUAAUGAUGACCCAAUUUCUCCAGUAGAAAUGCGCAGAAAUAGGUCAUUUAGUCCGUUAACUAAGUGUUUUAUCAAAACUGUUAAUUCAAAAGGUCCAGUUCUUGGAAAUCAUUUAGGCGUACAAGAACUACCUAUAGACUGUCACAUUCCAAUUGAUGUAUCUCCAAUAAUAAAUAAAAAUGAUAGAGAAAAUACUCCUCCCAAUAAUAAAGAUAAAGAUUUUAUUUUUUUGACUCCGGUAUCCACAAUGUCAAUGCCAAAACGACGACGCACUGAGAAGAGUAGUUUAAUGAUGGAAAGUAGCUCAGAUACUGGUUACCAAACCAUGACUAUGAGCAUUAAGGAAGUGUCUAGUAUGGCACCAUUUGGACAUAGUUCCAAAAGUACAAUGUUUACUGCAUCUACACCCACAGAACGAUGAUUCUGAUAUGGUAUACAUUUUUUUUUUUUUAUUCAUUUUUAAACAUUAACCAUUGCUACAUACAUUUUUACAUUUUUGUAAUUAGGAUGACAAACUUAGUCACUCGUUAAUAACAUGAUUAAUGCCUUUCCUCUAAUAAUAUACAUAACUGUGAUGAUUUUAAUAAUCGUUUAAUGAAAACAUAUUGUAUACCUUUUUUUUUUAAUGUAAUUUAAACAAGUUUACAACAAAACGCGCUAUUUAGGCAAUUGAUUUACUAUGUUUUAUAGAAGACAAAAACAUAUUUGUCAUAUAUUUAACAUAAAUUAAAUACUAAUUAAUUAUACUAUAUGUUACUUAGCAAAUGUUUUAUUUCUUCUUCAUGUGAUAUUGUAGCUAUGAAAUGUUAUCAUUUGUUAGAA